CAGCAGGUGCCAAUGAUGUCCAUCAGAACUGCGCCUGCGCGGACUUCUUCCGUCGACUGCGGAAAGGAACAAGGCGCCUGCGCACUGCGCCCGGUGCGUCCUCUAGGACGUACCCAGAAGGCAGCGCUUUGCUCCCGGGUCAAAAUGGCGUCAAGGCCUGCUGUUGCAGCAUCAGGCCGAUGGCUGGAAGGUAUUCGAAAAUGGUAUUAUAAUGCUGCAGGAUUCAAUAAACUAGGGUUAAUGCGAGAUGAUACGAUAUAUGAGGAUGAAGAUGUAAAAGAAGCCGUAAGAAGGCUUCCUGAGAACCUUUAUAAUGACAGGAUGUUUCGCAUUAAGAGAGCACUGGACCUGACCAUGAGGCAACAGAUCUUGCCUAAAGAGCAGUGGACAAAAUAUGAGGAGGAUAAAUUCUAUCUUGAACCAUAUCUCAAAGAGGUUAUUCGGGAAAGAAAAGAAAGAGAAGAAUGGGGAAAGAAGUGAUCGUGUAGUUGAAAUCUGUGGAAACAGUUGUCCUCAUAUUUUUAUGAAGUCGGUUAAAUCUGAAACAUACAAUUUAAAAAUUAUUUCAUGUGCAUAUAUGUUACUUUAAAUAAAUGUCUAUCAUAAUCAUUAUUGAAGUUUUUGACUUCUAACCUUAGCCUGAUAAGUACUGAAUUCACUUAUCUGACACAAUUCUUUCCAGACUUUUAAGAUAUUUUAAGUCAGUGUUCAACUGCUUCUGGGAGAUUAGAGAGGCCACUUGAAUCUUUCCCUCAUUGUUAGGAUAACCUCUUAGUUUUCUGAAGGAUAUAACAUUCUACCAAGCAGAAUCACCUUGUUUAGAUGGCGUUUCUCAACUUGAAAGGUACUUGAGGGCUGCAUCAGGACCUGACUUGGCAGAUAUGGAAAGGGGCAAGAAACAAGAGUACUCAAGCAGAAUGGCUUUCAGCUUCAGAAGAGACUGAAAGAAGGGAGACAGAAACAGCUCUUCAAUCACUGCUUUCCAAGUAGAUUUAUUUUUCAUCCUUCUAUUAGAAAUAGAUUAUGUGUACACCUUAAUAUGAGUAUAUCUAAGUUACAUGUGCUAAUAAUGUAGGUUAGAAAAGUAGAUACUAGAAAAAUAUACAAAUGCAAAGAAAUUAUAUUUAAACGAUUGUUGUAAAGCAUAUUGUAAAUUUUGGGCACUAGUCCAUUAAAAGUUUUAAGAUUAUAGGCUAAUUUUAAAAAUAUACAUUAGAAUUAUUCAUUGUCCUCAUUUCCACCCCUAAAUUCUUAAGUGCUUUCUUCAGAGGUGAGAGCAUGGAAACCAUAGUGAGCUAGGAAGGAAUGGUAGGAACUGUGGUGUAUAGUGUUCCACAUCCACUGCUGUGUGAGGGAAGGUAUCUGAUUGGAAUCUUACCGUGAAGGACAAGACAAUAGAAUGAGAAACAAAUUUUGUGUUAUGUUUGAAAUUCAUAAAAUGUGCUGUUGGUACUUUUUUUACAAAAGGAGGUAUGUUUGAAAGACAUGUUUGAGGGCUGGGGAUGUGGCUCAAGCGGUAGCGCGCUCCCCUGGCAUGCGUGCAGCCCGGGUUCGAUCCUCAGCACCACAUACCAACAAAGAUGUUGUGUCCGCCAAGAACUAAAAAAAGAUAAAUAUUUAAAAAAUUUAAAAAAAAAUGAAAGACAUGUUUGACCUUUGCAACAUGAUCAUAAAGAGCAUCUUAAAAAGUUGUGCUAAAAUAUUAGAAAGCCUUGUUAAAUUCUGUAAGGGAGCUGGGGAUGUAGCUCUGUACUAGAGUAUUUGCCUGGCAUGAGUGAGGCCUUUGGUUUGAUGCCCAGCUCUGGAAAAAAUAUUUUUUUCCUUAGGAGCCUCUCAGAUAUUCAGACUGUAUUUUGAAUACAUAAUCUGAAAAUUGUUCUUAUUUAUUCUCUUUAUUCUGAUUUAGAUUCUCAUUUGAUAAUGAUUUUGCUCACCAUAAAAUCUAUUCUUUUAAAUCAUUGAUUUUUAAGUGCUGCUAACAUUUAAAGCAAGACUAGGGGAAACACCGGCAGAGAAUCAAGCAGCUGACCAAGAUUAAGGUCUACCAUGAAGAGGGGCUUCUUGUCUGCUCAAAAUGUGACAGAACAGUAGAGCAGCCUCUGACUUUAACAAGAGUUCCUCCUAAAACCAAAUUGUGCCUAUUCUACAUUGCUUGAUUACUUUUUUUUUUUUUUUUUGAGGCACUCAACCAUGUCCUUUUUACUUUUUAUUCUGGAGAUAGGGUCUCACCAAAUUGCUUAGGGCCUUACUAAAUUGCUUAGGGCCUUGCUAAAUUGCUGAGGCUGUUUUUGAACUGGAGAUCCUCCUUGCCUCAGCCUCCUGAGCUGCUAGGGAUUACCUUUGUCUACAUGACAAAAACUCAGGAGGAUUGCAAGUUUGAGACAGCCUCAGCAAUUUAUCAAGGCCCUAUGCAACUUAACAAGACCCUGUCUCAAAAUUUAAAAAUUUUUAAUAAGGAAAUGGGGAUGUGGCCCAGUGAUUAAGCAGUCCUUGAUUCAAUUUCUAUUUGUCCCCAGGCACCCCCAAAAAAGGCUUUGUGUUAUCAAAACUGUCCUGUUUGAAAAAUCACUGUAGGAGUGUCUGAAACUGGCCUGUUAUCCUGAAGACAGAAUAAGAGAGCUUAUUGUGGAUCAGACCACUUAUCUUCAAUUCAAUGCAUUCACUUAAUGUAUAGGGAUGUGAUUUAAUCUUUAUGCUUGUUUCCUCAACUCUAAAAUGGGGCUAAUGAUACAACCUAUUUUAUAGGGCUUUUGUGAAAAUUUAUUCACUUCAUUUUCUAAGUCAAGCACUUAGAACAGUUUGGCACACUGUAGUUGCUUUGUAAAGGGUUCAUUUCUCUUUUUUAAAUAUUUUUUUAGUUAUAGUUGGGCACAAUACCUUUAUUUUAUUUAUUUUUAUGUGGUGCUGAGGAUCGAACCCAGCUCCUUGCAUGUGCUAGGUGAGCACUCUACUGCUGAGCCACUACCCCAGCCCAGGUUCAUUUCUUUAUAUGAAGAGAGGGGAAAAUAAAAUAUUUGAGAAAACAGACUGACAUCAAGUCUAAUAGUUGACCAGUAGUGAAGGUCCGGGGUACUCUCUUUCAUCUUCUAUGAAACACUCUCACUUUUCAUCUGUCUAAUCCCCUUGGAUAUCUGACCUCCUUGAAUGAAAUAUCUAUUAACUGAGAUGAGAAGAGGAGGCAUUGGAUCUGUAUGACAGCUUCAUUUAGAUGAAGCCUGGCUAAGACUUUAUUGUCUCACUGUUUUGCCUUUUAGAUUGACAGUAUUUUCAAACUUCUCCUAGUGACACUUCAACCUUCAUGUUGCCAAGGUGUAGAAAGCAGAGUAAAGCCUGUUGGGGCCUCAGACACCCCCAGUGCUGACCUUGGUCCUAAUUCCAUGAUACCUGGAAAUAUUUGAUAACAUUUCUGAACCAAGUUUUCAUGACCUAAAUAUUUUAUGUGAUUGUCUAUGUGUGGUACAAAAAUGUUAACUAAAAAACCUUCAUUAGCAGCAUCUGUGCUUAUUUUUAAAUUCUAUAAUCUUAAUAAAAUGCAAAGUGUAGAUUGUGGUAACAAUUUCUUGUAGCUGUUUAAGGAAUCACUUUUAUUUUUGAAUUUUAUUUUUAAUUUUUUUGGUAUCACAAAAUUGAACCCAUGGACAUUUAACCACUAAGCAACAUCCCCUGCCCUUUUAAUAUUUUAUUUAUAGACAAGGUCUCACUAAGUUACUUAGGGCCUUGCAAAUUGCUAAAGCUGGUUUCUCCCAAUCCUCCUGCCUCAGCCUACAGAGCAGCCACUGGGAUUACAGGCAUGUACUACCACACCCAGUGCCUACAGGCUCCCUUUUAAACUUUGCAUUACUUCUGGGUUUCUAAAAGAUCCGAAAAUGAAAUAAAAGCUGGGGCAAAGCACACAACUCCUAUAACAAUAAUAAUUCUUCCAAAUUCAAAUUAGGAUAGUGUUUUUAAAUGUAUAGACAUCCUCUGUGCAGCUUUGGAAUAAUUGACUGAAGUACUUGAAAUUUUAUUAAAAAGUUAGGUGAAUGUAAAAAAUGUCAUAAUCAAAUCCUUGACAGCCUGGUGGAUGAAAAGCAGAUGGGUUUACCUGUAUGGGCAGCAUGUUUUAGGAACUACAACAUCAGAAAGGAAUACAGUUACUUAGGUGAACAAGGUGAAUGAAACCUUGGAAUUAGAAAGUCCCUUUAUCAGAACAAUGACUGAAAUUCUGCCACUAGGUGGCGGUGUACUACAACUUUACAACUUGAGGUACACCACAUUAUAGAAGAUUUAUCCAUUUUGUAUCCCACCAACUCCCUCCCCUUCAUUUUUCAUGAUGACAACACCUUAGAGGUUUAUGGCCACCAGGAGAAUUUACUACUAAGCUAUAUACUGAUGUAAUGAAAUCUAAUAUAUGCUGUGCAAUGAAUUAUGAGAUGUUAUUUAGUUUCAGGAUUUUACUACUUAAAUCAGUUAUGACCAUAUUUUCUUUUAUAUGAUUGCUCACUCUUUAAAAAUACCAUAUGACCGUAUAAGGAACACCUAAUAAAGUCUGUAUAUGUUAAAAUAUAAAUUUUUUAAUUAUUUGCUGUAAUUUGUUUAAAUUCUGGUUAUAUGGGUGUUCAUAUUAAAAACUAUAACUUGUUAGACUCUAAGAUCUCAGAUUGGAUGGUGGCUCUAAGUUAUAUUUUCUUAAGAAAUUUUAUUGUGUGUACUAGCAAUUGAACAAGAAGAAGAACUGAAUCAUUAUGAAAUAAUUAAUUUUUAGCCUAAAUGUCUGAAAGCCUGUUGAUAUUCAUGUGGUUUAGGACAAACUAUUUAAGUAGUCAUUCUUAAUUCUGACUAAACCUCCUACAGUACAUAGAAUAUAUUAUUUGUUUAACUUUGUAUUUUAAUACAUUUGCCUAUUUUUGCAUAAAUGCCAUAAAUGUGAUUUAAAAAUAAACCCCUGUGUAACUUCUGGUAA